AUGACGGGUUGUUCGUUUUCUCAAUCAUCCUCGAAAUACUCGUCGGGGUCAUCUCAGUCAGCGUUCGUGGAGUUCUUCGCGCACUUAUCCGAGGAGAAAAUCAACCACUUGUAUACGAUUUCCCCGUGGGCGACCUUGGCGGUGUUACGAGCGUUGACGCCGUUGGCGAAACAAUACAUCAUGCGAUGCGUGUUUUUACCGUUACACUCUGUGAUCGCGCACGAAAUGCUCGCCUCGUGGACGAAGAGAGGGUGCGAAACAGCGCACGAGAUGGCGAUUGAAAGGUUGGUGCAGCUCAGAGCGUUCGUGGAAGUUGAAUCGCACUCUUCAGAAGAAGAAGGGAAGAAGGAGGAAAACGCUUCCAAAGGAGGAGGGUUUAUCGUCCACGAACACUUCCGGAAACACGUGAAACGAGCAAUCGAGAGAGGUUUCGAGGAUUUAGACGACGAAGAAGAAGAAGAGAAAGAAAACGAAGGAGAAAAGAAGAAGAAGAAGAAGGCGAACGUAAAAACGACGAAUACUACAUCUACCACAACCACUCGGUUUAAUGAAGAAGAUGCGGGGUUUUUAGAUCACUACGCGAAGAGUCGAUGGGAGACGGUGUUGCUCGAGUUGACGUCCGAGGCGUCCGUGGAGAAGAAGAGAAAGAAGAAGAAGAUGAUGAAGAAGAAAGGAGACGGCGGCGCGGGGGCGCAACACGCUCUGCACUUGCGAAAGUUGUUCUACGCGGCGAGACUGAUUACGAAAGAUGGACGAAUUACGAGCGAGGGAUUCUCGUUUCUGUUAGGCGCGACGUCGGAGCAGAUUUGGAUCUUAUUGGCGAGGUACGCGAGAGGCGGAGAUUUCGAGAAGAAGAUGAAGAAUAAAACAACAAACGAAGAAAACGGCGAGGGCGACAAGAUGGAAACGAAUGGAGAAGAUGAAAAGCAACAACACAAACUCAAGAGCGACGAAUCAUCCGCCGCUGCCAUGGCGUUUUUAGUUCGACUUUCGUUUCAACACCCGGGGCGCAAAUAUUCCAAAGCGAAUCUCUCCGAGGCGGAAAGACGCGUGGCGAGUCAUUUAAGCGCUUUAGGCGUUUUAUACGAAAAUGAAGACGAUGAAAACGACAACAACUGGUACGUGCCUACCGUUUUAUCGGCUGGUUUAUCGAGCGUUUCGACGACGUCUUCGGCGAAAUCGGCGUUAGCGCGCAUCGACGGACACAUCAUCGUGGAGACGAAUUUCAGAGUGUACGCGUACACACACUCUGAACUAGAAACGGAAGUUUUACGUCUAUUCACUCGACCGGAUUACAAACUUCCAAACGCGUACGUCGGUAUGAUUACGCGAGAUUCUAUUCUAGACGCCAUGCGUGCCGGUAUAUCGCCCGAUCAAAUCGUGUACGAUCGGUAA